UACCUGUGCCGGUCUCCCGCUAGCUCCAGUCGUCGGCGCGUUCGCCAGGUAAUAACGUGCCCCCACGAAACGUGUAUACGUGUAGCGCACGAUUUUAUACACAUCGUACACAGCGUAUAUAGUACACGUUCGUUGCCGAGUUGUGUACAAGCGAGAGAGGCUUAUAACGAAGAGAAAAACAGACGCGCGCGUGUGAGCUGCGUCCUUUUGUAUUAUACACACACACACACAUACACACGAUAUAUACAUUUACACACACACGCUCACAUACACGAGUGUACAAUAAAUAUUUUAAUGAAAUUUACGUGAUGAAUUUCUCGAGUUGUUGGUGAUUCCGAGUCAAGGACCGAUACGCACGCCGUGGCCAAGAGAACAGCAGCGGCAGGUCUCGCUCGAUCUUGCUCAAGUCUCUUGUGUAUGCUUUUGCGAAAGCAGGUUAGAUUCGCCUGGCAAAACGUAAAGGCACCUGUUGCGUGCAUCGUAGUACAUAAUAUACAUAACGAAGCUCACACACUCUUUGAUACACGAACAUACACGAACACGCAGCACACGUUACAUUGUGACACUCAUCCAAAUACACACUCAGUGCUUCGCGUAGUCUAAAAUCCGGCCAACAGAAGUGUGUGAAUUUACCAGUGAUCGUCAAUUGAUUUUGUUGUUGUUGUUGUUGUUUGCAAUCGUUGAAUUAUGACAAAACAAAAUCGGUGCAUUGAAAUCGAAUAAGUGUCCAAUGUGUUUGUUGUGUGUGCGCGCGUGAAUUUACGUACGUACAGCCGCACGUAGAUACGAUGAUGAUCCGUUAUGUCAAACGAUCGAGUUGACAAGUGACGUACGACACCGAUACACAGAUUUUCAAAUACCAUUGCCGAGCUCCCGCGCGAGGUUGGCUAGUAGAGAGAAUGUCCAUGCGGCAAUAGUGUUUCUGUUUCGUUUUUUUUUUCUCCUCGAUCGCUGCUCUUUUUUCAUAUACAUGGUGUCGAGAGGAAGCGACUCGAGGAAGAGGGCCGCACUCGUGAAAGAUUAGAUUAGCGAGCCGAAAGAAAAACGAAAAAGAAAAUUAAAAAGUGAAUAAGAAAAAAAUCGGAGCAAUAAGCAAAAAGGAGAAAGGAAAAUAAGAGAAAAAAAAGAAAGGGGAGCAAUCGGAGGGACCCAACGAUCAUCAGAGCUGCAUACGUGUGUCUCUCUCACAAUGACUCACACAAGAGAGAUCGGUUCGAGGAACUUUCCAGGGGGAGCGAGCAAAAACAACGUUCAAAAAAGAAAAAUUCAAAAUCAAACAAGUCUUCAUCGACAAACAUCAUUAAAAUCGAGAUGCCUGAUCGUCCUUUUGUGCACAGUUUUUCUAUCGCAAAUCGCAGCAGCCAAAGAACCCAAAGGUCUGUGCGCGCUCGAUAUCAACCAGUCAAACAUCAUACUCGACAUAGAGGAGAGCAGAGGCAACGGAAUCGAUCAGGAGACCGUGCCAGCCGAGCUGCCGGUGAUCGGUGAUCCGAGAAACGAGACGAUCCUCGAAUUAAUAUCAACUGGACGUCAGCCAUUGUUCAGGCUCGAGGGAAAGAAGCUCAGAUUGCUCAGGCCGCUCGACAGAGACGAGGAAAAUCGAUCGCACGUGUUCUUUCAGCUGAACUGCACGGUACGAGCGACGGGAAACAAUCGUAAAAUUCCUGUGAUCGUCAGGGUCUCGGAUAUCAAUGACAACGCACCGAAAUUCAUCAAUACGCCCUACUCCACAACGGUAUCCGAGCUCACUCCGAUUGGCUCGACGAUAUUCAAAAACGUAGUGGCGGAGGACGCCGACGCCGGCGUUAACGGCCUUGUGGAGUACUCCAUAGCGCCUGGCAACGGCGUCGGGGUGGGCAACAGCGACGGGGUCGGUCGCGAUCGCGUCACCACCGCCGACGGAUACGGCUAUUUCAGCAUCAAUCUGCCUCAUCAAGGCCAGGUCACCGUCAAUCGUACCCUCGAUUACGAGAGGACGCAGCGAUAUCUCGUCACCAUACUGGCAUCCGAUCGAGCUAUAAAUCCGGCCGAGCGUUUCACGUCGACGACAACCUUGACCGUGAACAUUCGCGAUGACGACGAUCAGGACCCUUCGUUCAUUUAUCAAGGCUGCAUGCUGCACAAUGGAGCUUGCAUCAAUCCCGAGUACUCGUCCUCGGUAUCGAGUGGAGUUCUCUCAGGCAUACUUAACAUUGCACCAGAAAAAAUUCAAGCCGUCGACAUGGACAGUAUCAAUGCGCCCAUACGUUACUCCUUUCUCAGUGGAUUCCCGGCAAAUUAUCGUGAGUUUUUCGAAAUCAAUCCCAGCACAGGAGCUGUGAAUCAGGUGCGAGCGGUUGACACAACAGUCACCAAAAAGUUCGAUAUAAUCAUAAAGGCCACAGAAGUAUCGGACGCAGAGCGUUCGGCAACGGCUAAGCUCACAAUUACCGUAAAACCAGUCGACAGCAAUCCACCGGUCAUAAGCGCAACGUCGAUCGAAGGAUUUGUCGAUGAAAACGCCGCAAUCGGUACUAAAGUCACCGAUACCGCCGGCAAUCCUAUCGUACUUACAGUAUCCGACGCUGAUUUAAGCUCGGACGAUCCGAAACCCGAGUACACGUUCGAGUUGACAACGCCGUUCUUCACUAUCGACCAGUCGACCGGCCAGCUAGUGGUGAACGAGGAGAAUCUCGAUCGCGAUCCGCCGAGCCCGGGGAGCUUUCGUUUUCAAGUGGUCGCGCGCGAGCGCAACGGCGGUCCAGGCGCGGCGGCCUCCUCGCCGUUGUCGUUCGUCGUGCAGCUGAACGACGUGAACGAUAACGCCCCGGUGUUGCCGAUGCUCCAGCCCAUUUCCGUCCAGGCCGGCGAGACGAAGCGUCAAGUCAUCAAGGUCGAGGCUACGGACAACGACGCUGGCGUCAACGCCGAGAUCACCUAUUCUAUCUAUCACGUGUCCAAUAACGGACUGCAGAAGUUCAAGAUCGACCCGAAAUCCGGCCAGAUUGAGUCGACGGGCAAACUCAACGCCGGCGAGCAGUACAGCAUAACCGUGCAGGCGACGGACAACGGCGGCCGCUACUCGCAAACGAUCGUCGAGGUCAACGUCGUGCCCGGGCCGAACACUCGCUCUCCGGUUUUCCAACAGCACGUCUACGAGGUACAAGUCAGCGAAGGAGCUUCCAUCAACUCUACAGUGGCGACUAUACAAGCUAUCGACCCGGAAAACGAUCCUGUUUCCUACACGAUCGUAAGCGGUAAUGACUUGCGGCAAUUCUCAAUCGGUGAUAAGUCUGGAAUCAUCACCGUUAUAAGGAAACUCGACCGUGAGGACCUUACGCGUUAUCAAUUGAUAAUAAAAGCUGAAGAUGCGGGUGGUUUGUCAAGCACGUCCACGGUCAACAUUAAAGUGACGGACAUAAACGACAAAAAUCCAGAAUUCGUCGGCUUGCCCUACGAAUUUAGUGUAAAAGAGGGUGAAUCGCGCAAGCUCAUUGGUCGAGUUCACGCUGAUGAUGCCGAUGAAGGUAUCAAUGCAGAAAUUACUUACUUUGCUCCGGAUGACAUACCAUUCACUGUCGAUCCCGAAACCGGAGAAAUUCUUACCAAAGUUGCUCUCGAUUACGAACAAAAUCAUGAGUACAAAUUUGUCGUCACGGCGAGGGAUGGCGCACAAGAGCCGAGAUUGGCUACAGCCACAGUUACGGUUCGAGUCAUCGACGUUGAAGACGAGGUACCGAUAUUCCAUCAAGCCAGUUACGAAGCCAACGUCAAAGAAAACGUACCGGAAUACGUCGUCGUACAAGUUCUGGCUGACGAUCCAGACACUAAAAAAGAGGUAACCUACGUUAUUAAACAAGGCGAUACCGAUCUCUUUUCUAUUGACGCAAAAACCGGCACAAUCAAGACGCGCCGUGGUUUGGACUACGAGCGUGCGGCUCAACACAUACUCGUCGUCGGCACCGUCGAAAAUACGAGCAAACUUCCUGGCGCCACGACCAAGAUCGUCGUGAACGUCCAAGACGUCAACGACAUACCGCCAGUUUUCACGAUCAUUCCAAGGCCCGUCUGGCUAGACGAUAACGUUCAGAUUGGAGCUACGGUGCUCAAUCUCAUAGCCACCGAUUCCGAUGGUACGGCGCCUGGAAAUCAAGUUCGAUACAGCAUCUUGGGUCGUGGUAACGCCGGAAAAUACUUCGUCAUCGAUCCCGACAGCGGUGUUCUGCGUAUAAGAGAUGAUCUUAGAAAAAUACCCGACACCGAAUUCCAAGUUGAUGUGCGAGCCUACGACUUGGGCGAUCCGCAAUUGUCGUCGGUCGUCACCGUGCCGGUUUACGUACGCCAUGUUGCCUCGCCGCAGUCCGAGCAGGCUCUGGGAUUUGCCGAGGAUUCGUACAAUCUUGAGGUGCCUGAAGAUGCCACUGCUGGCACUUUGAUUAAAACCCUCACGGUCAUCAAUUCGAGUGGCCGAGAUGCUGCGUCUACUCCCCUGGAUUGCGAAAUUUACGAAGGUAACGAGAACGGAUUGUUCAAAGCUAAUGUGACGGAAGAGAGAAACUGUGCGUUAUGGUUGGAAAAAGGUGAAUUGGAUUACGAGUCGACCGAAAGUUAUCAGAUAAAAGUCAGAUUGGAAGCCAUGGCUGGUAUGUUGAAAACUGGCAGAAAUGUUACGAUGGUAAAAAUCCAGGUGGUCGAUGUGAACGACAACAAACCCGAAUUUAUUUUCCCUCAAGCUGAGUUGACUCAAAAUCGCUUCUUCGCCAAGGUAGCGCAGACGACUCAAUUCGAUUCCACCAUAUUGGAGGUCAAAGCCCAAGACAAAGACAAUGGACGCUUUGGCAAGCUCGAGUUCUCACUUAUUUUCGACAAGGAGAAUAGUCGGGCCAAUGAUUUUUUCGCUAUAGAUCCAAGCUCGGGUAUCGUCAGAACGACGGCUACCUUUGACGCUGUCGAACCGCAAGAGCUGCCUUUCAGAUUUAUGGUACAAAUUCGAGAUAAUCCAAAUUCCACAAACAACUCGUACACAGUCGAAGCUCCUAUUAUCGUUAAUCUGGUCGGUCAGGAGCACUUCUUAGUGCUGACCGUCGAGGAUACGAAACCGGAGCAACUGUCCAAGGAUAGAGCGAAAAUUGCCCGAGUUAUAGAGGACAAGACUGGUCUGAUUAUCGAGAUCGACAAGAUCGAUCUGAGAAAAUUGUUGACCCCCAACAAUACCAUCGAAAUUCGUCACUACGACUCGGACGUAUGGUUCUACGUGAUAGAUCCCACGAGUGGAAAGAUACUGACAAGGAAUAGCACUUUGCUGCAGAAACAACUAUUGGAAAAAUCAUCAAUGUCCAACAUAACUUACGACCUGUCGCCGAUAUUGCGCGCGACUGCCGUCGACAUACACGCACCCGUGAUGGAGCCCGAACCGCAGCGAUCGCACACAGCCAUCGCGUUCAGCGGCGAGGUCUUCCCCUACGCUCUCAUAGCCAUCGCCUUUGUCAUCCUGUUUCUCGGCAUCGCCGGCAUCAUCUAUAUAUGCGUCUCGUGGUCUCGGUAUAAGGCGUACAAGGAGCGAAUGCAGCGCAUGUACGUAGUGCCGCGCUACGAUCCGGUCUACCACGAGCCGACGAACCUCAAGGAGUACGAGACGCAGGUGCUGCAGAUGAGUGUGCCCGUCGACGAUAACGACAGUUACAACGAUCUGCAGCUCGACUUCAGCAAUAAGAACCACGCCUUCAGCCUCGACAACGUCAGCUACAUCACCAAGGAGAAUGGCGAGAGCACUGGUCAGCAGAGUCCCGUAUCGUCGGAAGCCGCCACGACUGCUCGCGCCUCGAGCAUCGCCGGUAAUCACGACAACGGCAACAACAACGUCGGCGUGCACUCUCUGAGGCGCUCGACCACCCUCGGACGCAACAAGAACAAUCAGACCUCGACCUUAAACAAUCAUCAUCAUCAUCAUCACGGCACAUUGAACAAUCGCGCGGUCGCGCUGAAUCACGACACGCCUGUGCUGAAUCCGCUGUAUGCGCAGCACCAUCAGCAGCAACAGCAGCAGCAACAGCAACAGCAGCAGGACCUUAUGAGCGUGAGCCCGUCCAACGACAAUGUCGUUUUCCGGGAGCGCAAAGAUUACACGCAUCUCGGCUUUAGUUAUCUCGGUGAGCAGAGCCCCGUAGAGACUACGACCGAACUUUAAUCAAUAACAUGUGUUUGUGAUGUUUUUUAUUUGUUUACCUGAUGUGCACGUGCGUGUGUGUGUGCGAUGUACAGCUAUUAUUUACGUAUGAAUGUCUGCGUGUGAGUGCAUGUGACACCCUGAUUGAUGGCUACAUCGACGAUCAAGUGAUCUAGCGAGACAAACAGAACAAAAAACUGACUCUUUUUGUUUUUUUUCUCGUUUUAUUUGAGAUUAAUAUUUAGCCAUGAAUGACAAUGAUGAGGAAAUUAUAUGUGUAACACAAAAGUAGAAUCAUGUAUAUCAAUUUAACAUACACUUGUUAAUAAUUUUAUGUCACGUAUAUCAUAAACUAUUUUUAAAAAAGUUGUGAAGCGCGUGAAGGAAAUAUGAUAUGUAUAAUGACUAGUAUAUAAAGCGAUUUAUCCGUCCGUCCCAAAAAUGCAACUCCAAUAUUUGUAAAUGUAUACAUUUUUGCUUUAUAAAGCAACGAUUAUGAUCGGCAAGUAUAAAGUUAGCAUUAUUUUAGUCGGUAGGUGUAACUUAUGGAUGAUCGUUUUGGAAAGUUUACGUUAAUUUGUUCUAUUUCCACGUAACCAUAUUGCGAAGAUGCAUUCGUUAAUCAAAAGUAUUUACAGAUACGCAUAAUCAAAUAUAUAAUUUUUAAUUAUACGACAAAAGUUUUCAUUUUUGAGAGGUUUUAGAGUGAUUGAGCGCCAGAUAUAAUGACUGCAAUUUACCUAUUGUACACUUUUGUACCAACAUAUUUAGUUCUCGUUCUUUUCGUUUUAGAACUAAAAACUCUGCUAUUGUUGAAAUAGUCGAUUAUUUGUUUUUUUUCCAGCGAAAAAAAAAGAAAACUUGCUGGUGUAGCAGUAGGUUGCACCCAUUAUAUCUGGCUCUGAGUAGGCGUAGAACUGAGUAUUUUGUCCAUAACGAGCAUGCACAGAAUGCAUGCGUAUAUGUGGACACACCAACUAUUCAGUGCGAUCGACUGAGUUUGCUUUUUGCACGGUAAACUCAGUUUUCAACUCUUCUGCUGAUAAACCGUCCAAUGUGUAUAAAGUUAUUUGAUGACGAAAUAAAGUAGAUAACAGAUGGGUGAAUGAGUUUGUACAUGACAUGAGUAUGAGUGCAUAUACUAUUAAAAAUAAUUAGUUUUAAAAAAAUGUAAUUAUUAAAAAAGUUUAUUUAUAUAAAAAAAUAUAUUUACUUUAGAUUUUGAUUGAUUGCGCGCGUCGAAUUAUUUUAGGUAAAACAUGAUAAAAAUUGUUAUUACUAUGGUGAUAGUAUAUAAUAUAAAUUAUGUAUAAAUUUAUUUGAAAAUUGACUAUUGUAAAUUUUUAUGUAAUUUAAUAGAAGCUGUUUAUGUUUAUGCGAAAACAUAAUCGGUUUCGACUCGGAAUUCGUGUGACAGUAUUAAUGUACUGUAUUGUAUCGUUUAUGGUCGAAAAAAGAGGUCAAAUUGUAAGAAUCAAUCGGCCCUGAAGUUACCUCAAUUGUAAAUUAAAAGACUUCAGUAAAAUAUUUAAAAGAAAUAUAUAAAUAAUAAUAUAUUGUUCGAUCGUUGAAUCUUGAAUCUUGAAAAAAUUUUAUCAAAUUUUUUGAUUUCAAUAUUCGUAUAAAAUAUAGUAUAAUUUUAGUCAGCCUGUUAAAUGUAAUAAUCCCAAUAAUUAAAAUUACUAUUAUAUAUAUUAUUAUAAUUUUUAAUUAUGUAUAUUAUUCGUUGUAAAAUAGUUUAACGUACUUAAUUAAAAAAAUGUUUCCACGGACUUUCCUUUUCAAUCUUGCGCAUUGUAUUACCUCUGAUAAUAACGAUAAAAUAUAUCUCAUCGUUUCAAUUUUAUUUCUCUUUUAUCAGGGGUUGGCCACGGAAAGUGCCUUUAGUCAUAUUUUAUCGAAUACUUAUAAUUAUUCUUAACUUAUUGAAAAAUGUACUUACGCGUAUAUAUAGAGAUAAAUUUUUCUACACUGAUGUUAUACUGCAUUUUAUGAUUUUUACAACUUUACAAUUGAACGUAUUUAUCAUGAUAUAGGUAAUAAGGAGUGAUGAUAAUGUAUAAAAAAUUGUUAUAUGAUAUAAAAAAAUAAAUGCUUUAUAUUAUUACAUAAA